AUGUGGGUGUUCCAGCCUCGAAAAUGGGCCCAUUUGGCUCUCCUCCUUGGGCCUAUUAUAGCUACAGGAGAGGAAAUCGUUACGUGCACCUCUUUGGAUGCCAUUGAGAAUGGAUCUUUUGAAGACGGAUUUUCAAACUGGGGAUACGCAUCGGGUACCUCAGGCUCUGUAGUUAGUGGAGAUGCGUCUGCUGGAUCUUCCUACCUCCAAGCAUCUGGUUCUCAGGUCAUGUUGAUCUAUCAGCGCCUUCCCAACUUAGUCGCGGGCAAUGCCUACACCGUCUCAUUUGACUACCGUCUUGUUCCCAACGCAGCGCAUAUAUUAAUGAGCUGUCAAUUAUCCAUGUUUAUGGAUUCAUUUACAACGGCUGGACGUCUCGCCAUUCAGGCAUUGUCAGUUUAUGAGAACACCGUCGGUUGGAGCACUUUGUCCUCGUCGUACACACCACACACAUCUGGAACUCAUACCUUCGAAAUCUACGCCUACUGCACGGACGGCUCCAGAGUUUAUGCUGAUGCGGCAAUUGACCUCGACAACGUUAUAAUUUCCGGGGACACAUCCACCAUUUGCACCACUGUAACUGUGACACCAACACCUACUCCAACUUUAACUUCAACUUCCACUCCAACUUCCACUCCAACUUCCACUCCAACUUCCACUCCAACUUCCACUCCAACUUCCACUCCAACUUCCACUCCAACUUCCACUCCAACUUCCACUCCAACUUCCACUCCAACCUCUUCGGCCACUUCAGUCAGCACACCAGUCGUUGUGUUCUCAUCUUCGGUGAUACGAUCCUCUGUGGCAUCUCUUCUCCCCACUUCAGUCAGCACACCAGUCGUUGUGUCCUCAUCUUCGGUGAUUAAAUCUUCUGUGGCGUUCUCUUCCCCCACUUCAGUCAGCAUACCAGUUGUUGUGACAUCUUCACAAUCACGAUCUUCUGCGGUGCCUCUUCUCUCAACCUCCCCCAAAGUGGUGUCGUCCUCGCCCACAAUACCUUCCCUCGUUGUAUCUUCCUCGCCUAUUGCCUCUGUGUCAACUCCAGUCCAGCCAUUCGGCACUUCAUCCGUCGCGUUGACUCGCUCCCAGUCCUCCAGCAUUCCGAUUGAUCAUUCGAGCCACGUCGUCACUUCAGAUGGAUCAGCUAUCGCCACCAGUACUCGACCGACCUCAAGCCCUCUUCGCACUUCAACCUCAACAGGUGUCGUCUCCACUUCAGACAUUGAGUCAAAGACUGGCUCCGAUAUUCCGUCAGCAACCAUUACAAUCGGUGCAGGAUCCAGCUCGGGCGAAAAUCAAUAUACCACCUCCACUGUCUUGACCACCCGCACAGCGACUAUCACAGCUUGCCCAUCCAGUGUGGUCAAUUGCCCUGCUCGUGAUAAGACCACAUAUAUCACAACCGAGACAAUUGUCGUCUCUACGACUGUCUGCCCAGUGAGUCCAGCCGAGGCCACUCAAACCGCCGUGGGGACAACUACUAGUGCUGGUGCUGGUGGUAAUGAUGCGGACUAUACCACCUCCACGAUCCUGACCACCCGCACUGCAACCAUCACAGCUUGCCCAUCCAGUGUGGUCAAUUGCCCUGCUCGUGAUAAGACCACAUAUAUCACAACCGAGACAAUUGUCGUCUCUACGACUGUCUGCCCAGUGAGCCCAGCCGAGGCCACCCAAACCGCCGUGGGAACAACUACUAGUGCUGGUGCUGGUGGUAAUGAUGCAGACUAUACCACCUCUACAGUCUUGACCACCCGCACUGCAACCAUCACAGCCUGCCCAUCCAGUGUGGUCAAUUGCCCUGCUCGUGAUAAGACUACCCAUGUUACAACCGAGACAAUUGUUGUCUCUACGACCGUCUGCCCAGUGAGCCCAGCCGAGGCCACCCAAACCGCCGUGGGGACAACUGUUAGUGCCGGUGUUGGAUUUGGUGGUAACGAGGCAGACUAUACUACCUCCAGGAUCCUGAGCACACACAUUGCAACCAUUACAUCCUGCCCGUCGAGUGUUACCGACUGCCCUGCUGAUGAAAAGACCACUCACCUGACCACCGAAACUAUAGUUGUCGCAACCACAAUUUGCCCAGUUACUGAUAUUGAGACAAUUGCGGCUUCUGCGGCUACAUCGGGUACCACAAGCACCAACAAGAAGCCUGUUCAUACCGAAGAAAUUGAAAUUCAGGUUUCCACCGCCGUCUCCACGCCCAAACUUGAUGCAUCUUUCACAACCAGCAUCACCAAGGUCGCGAGUUCUUCAAUUCUGCCUGCCUCUGUAUCCUCUUCGUUGGGCGGUUACCAAAGUGGAUCUGGCCCCUCGACUACAAGUGCUACCAUCCCUCUCUUCACCAAUGACUCUGGUUCCCGGAUAAGCCUCUUCUCGAUGACUUUGGUCUCAUCUUGCUGGCUUCUUCUAGUUACUUUCUUUGCUUUCUAG